AUGGAGGGGGACGACAAGUGGAAGCUGUCCAAGAAGGGGCGGAGCAGAUCGGGCCGGAACUACUACUACGGCGACGCGUCCGGGUCCGGGGCCAGCACCAGCGGCGGGGGCCUGAGCCGGAGCUACUCGGCCAGCGUCACCGCCACCCGGGACGGCAGCGCCGGCGCCAGCGGAAGCGGGAGCUCGUCGUCGGAGCAGCAGAAGAAGGAGGAGGCCGAGUCAAGGAGGCGGCUGUCCAAGAAGUGCGUGGAGGCGGUGAAGGAGCACCGCGCGCGCUUCUACAUCGUCCGCCGCUGCGUCUCCAUGCUCGUCUGCUGGCGCGACUACUAG